CUCCCUCCGUCCCCGCCCCUCUGGCGGCGGGAGAGCUGCUGGCUCGCCUGGAUCCCGGGAGCUGCCUGGAGGCGGGCCCGGCCCGGGGAAGGUGAGCAGCUGGGGGACCCAGCCCCGCGCGGGGAGCGGGCACCAUGGUGCUGUCGGUGCCUGUGAUCGCGCUGGGCGCCACGCUGGGCACGGCCACCAGCAUCCUCGCGUUGUGCGGGGUCACCUGCCUAUGUCGGCACAUGCACCCCAAGAAGGGGCUGCUGCCGCGGGACCAGGACCCCGACCCGGAGAAGGCGAAGCCCAGCUUGCUGGGGUCUGCACAACAGUUCAACGUUAAAAAAUCCACGGAACCUGUUCAGCCCCGCACCCUCCUCAAGUUCCCAGACAUCUAUGGACCCCGGCCAGCUGUGACGGCUCCAGAGGUCAUCAACUAUGCAGACUACUCACUGAGGUCUACGGAGGAGCCCACUGCACCUGCCAGCCCCCAACCCCCGAAUGACAGUCGCCUGAAGAGGCAGGUCACAGAGGAGCUGUUCAUCCUCCCUCAGAAUGGUGUGGUGGAGGAUGUCUGUGUCAUGGAGACCUGGAACCCAGAGAAGGCUGCCAGUUGGAACCAGGCCCCCAAACUCCACUACUGCCUGGACUAUGACCGUCAGAAGGCUGAAUUGUUUGUGACUCGCCUGGAAGCUGUGACCAGCAACCACGAUGGAGGCUGUGACUGCUAUGUCCAAGGGAGUGUGGCCAAUAGGACCGGCUCUGUGGAGGCCCAGACAGCCCUAAAGAAGCGGCAGCUGCACACCACCUGGGAGGAAGGCCUGGUGCUCCCCCUGGCGGAGGAGGAACUCCCCACAGCCACCCUGACGCUGACCUUGAGGACCUGCGACCGCUUCUCCCGCCACAGCGUGGCCGGAGAGCUCCGCCUGGGCCUGGACGGGACAUCUGUGCCCCUAGGGGCUGCCCAGUGGGGUGAGCUGAAGACUUCAGCGAAGGAGCCAUCUGCAGGAGCUGGAGAGGUCCUACUAUCUAUCAGCUACCUCCCGGCUGCCAACCGCCUCCUGGUGGUGCUGAUUAAAGCCAAGAACCUCCACUCUAACCAGUCCAAGGAGCUCCUGGGGAAGGAUGUCUCUGUCAAGGUGACCUUGAAGCACCAGGCUCGGAAGCUGAAGAAGAAGCAGACUAAACGAGCUAAGCACAAGAUCAACCCCGUGUGGAACGAGAUGAUCAUGUUUGAACUGCCCGACGACCUGCUGCAGGCCUCCAGCGUGGAGCUGGAAGUGCUGGGCCAGGACGAGUCAGGGCAGAGCUGCGCGCUUGGCCACUGCAGCCUGGGCCUGCACACCUCGGGCUCCGAGCGCAGCCACUGGGAGGAGAUGCUCAAAAACCCUCGCCGGCAGAUUGCCAUGUGGCACCAGCUGCACCUGUAACCAGCUGCCCGGCCACCUCCCUUCUUGGACAGCCCUGACCCGUCCUCUGCAACCUCCUCUCUGUGCCCCUUCCUCAUUGUGACACCCAGAAGACAGUGACAGAUGUGUUUGCAAGGCUGGGAUGGCUCUCUCAUCAUACUCUUGUUUCUUAGAAAUAAGCAAGACACAGCAGGAAAUGGAAUAUGUGGGUCACACUGAGGAAUGCAUUUUGCUCAUCUGUGUUAUUGAAGGAGAUGCUUAUCAAAUACAGUUCCUAUGCCUGUUUUAUAGGUGGGGUUAGGCCAGAUGCAGAGAAAGCUAAAUGUGGGAAUCAUGGAUGCAAAGAAGAAUUUGGCUUUUAGAAAAACAAGCAUUUCAAAAAUGAUGAAGGAAGUGAAAGUAUCCUGGAUCAACUCCUAGCGUUAGAGGUUGCCCAGGUGGAAAGAAACCUUAGCCAGCAUUCAAUCAAGCUCACCAUGCAGGGCAGUCACCCGGCAGUUCUCAAACUUUAGCAUGUGAAGAGUCACCAGCAGAUUCCUGGGCUCACCUGGAGACAUUCCUAGUUGGUAUUCCUGGUCAAAGCCCAGGAGCCUUCCUUUUUAACAAGCUGAUGUAGAGGGUGGAGCACUGUACUUGGAGAAGUUCCUUCUACAAUAUUCCACACAGGUUUUCGGCCACAGUCCUCGAUGGAGUCCCAAAACCAUGGUGCAGCCAGUUCCAAUGCUGGACACCUCAACCAUCAGUGUGAAAUCUGGGGCCUCAGCUUUUUAAUUUAAUUAUUUUAAUUCUUAAUACUUUAAUUUGUGCAUUUCAUAAGCCCCCUGCUCUUGGACCGAAUUUUGUGCUUUUUAUUGAAGAAUUUUAUUGUUUUUAUCUUAAAAUCAGUUUCUAUUAUCCUUGGGGAGACCAUCCCUAACAAAGUACAGGUGGGAUCUCCUGUGAGUCAUUGGCUGGGUUCUGAUUGCUAGAUGUCCCACCCACCAGCAUCACCAAAGUGACUCUGAGAUAGACCGGUCCCUUCUCAGCGUUCCAGUCACUUCAGGAGGAAUUUGGUUAUUGACUUAGUCUAUGAUGUCUGGCUACAUGUAGGUAGAGAAGAAAGACAAUUUUAAAAAGGAAAUCAGGUCUUUUGCAACUGUGCCUCCCUCUGUCCGUUUUCACUUGAAUGGGUAAAUAACCAGCAGCUAGGUUUGGAAUUCCUACCUUGUUAUUCUAAACAGAUGUCCACGUUGUUAAUUAAAUCUAAAUUACGAGCCUUGCUGAGUGGAUACAGUACUUACCCCUGAACCAGGAUUCCUGGAUUCUGUUGACGUUGCCUUUCAGAACCUGUUUGGACAGCUGUAUAAGAUAGGACUAAUGACUAGGAAGCCUACCCCAGUGAAUGAUGUACUAGAUGAAAUAGUGUUCAAAACCUGUAGGCACUCUCUGGCUAAAAACAAACUCUGAGGCCACCAGUAGAUCAUCUUUAAGCUAAGUUACUAUUUUUCACCUUUUUUUUUUUUUAGACGGAGUUUUGCUCUUUGUUGCCCAGGCUGGAGUGCAGUGGCACGAUCUCAGCUCACUGCAACCUCCGCCUCCCAAGUUCAAGCGAUUCCCCUGUCUCAGCCUCCUGGGUAGCUGGGAUUACAGGCGCCCACCAACAUGCCUGGCUAAUUUUUGUACUUUUAGUGGAGAUGGAGUUUCACCAUGUUGGCCAGGCUGGUCUUCAACUCUGGACCUCAGGUGAUCUACCCGCCUCAGCCUCCCAAAGUACUGGGAUUACAGGCGUGAGCCACAACGCCCAGCCUAUUUUUCACUUUAAUUUGGCAGCUGAGAAUGCCCAGAAAGUGCCAGAAGCAUCGUGGCAUUUCCAGAACCAUGGAUGCUGCCUUUGGACCCCUCUCUAUUCAUAUUAAAACUCUGGGCCUUCAGAUGUCACCCUAAUCCACUGCCCUAAGACAGAAUUCCUGGACAAGAUGGGUGAGGGCUUCAUUCCUUCAACAAGUCAAGUCAUACUUGGCCUCUCCCUGAGAAUCUGAGCAGGAGCCUUGUGACCUGUGGUCUUUAUUUUUUCUUUCUGUACAGAAAUAGAAAAGCAUUAGAAAUAACUUCUACCCAUCCUCUGAAAAAACAGAAAAAAUAUCGAAUCCCUCUUUCAUGGGAAGUCUUUUGGAUAAGUGGAAACCUUCAUCCUUGAGGUUGGCCAGCCCCUGCCAAGUGUCGUGUAGGCAAAGCACUUGUUAGUGGCUUCCUAUAAAAUGUUUUAGAGAUCUCUUCACCGUACUGGUUUCUUCUCUUUGGUUGGUGUGGGUAAAAGAAAACAAAACAUUUCCUAUGAGCUGAAAGCUGACCAGCAUUUUCUUCUUGGUAGCAUCUACUACUCCAAUCUAGAAAAUUUGGAUUCUAGACUAAAAAUCAGGAAACAUGGCUCCUUAUAAAUCUAUGCAGCUGCCUUAUAGUACCAUCAAAAGAAUUUCAGGUGGGCUGGGCGGGGCCCCUGAUCCCAGAGUUACCAACUCCACCCAUCGUCAUUUGGUCAUGAAGCAUCCUUUCAUUCUUCUUCUUCUUCUUUUUGGGGGGAGGGAUCUCAAAGGUUUAGUCUUCCAGAAUCCAAAUUAAAAGUUGCCCCUGAUGGGAGCCAGGUUCCACCACAGAACAUCUUAGAUGUCAGCCUUGACCUCACUUAGCAGGGAUUACAGAAAUGAGAUACAUUUUGAAGGAGAGUUGUCUGUUAUGUUCACUGUAUUCUAAGUGCCUGGGAUAAAGCUGUCUCAUGGGUGCUCCAUAUAUAUUUGUUGAGUGAAUUAAUGAAUUAAGAGUGGCUGGCGGAGUAGGCAGAAAAAGACACUGCAAAUGGCAUAAAAAUUAGAGUCCUAGCUGAGUUCUCAAUGGUAAAGUCACCAGAUGUCUUAGCAGUCAAGCUAGAAAUUCAUGACAUUGAGUAUUACUAUUUGCCUAAUGACAAUUCAUUGCUCUCCAUGUAAAUGUAAUCAACAGAUGAAGAGAAUAUAAUUGCUCUGCUUUUCCACUAAAACUCCAUCUUAGUGAAUUUUAAAUUACCCAGAGAUGUCAAACUGCCAAAUCAAAAUAUUUCAGUAGUCUUUGCAUCAGCUUACCUUGUACAAGAAAUAUUUCCAAUUUAUUACCAAAUUAUAGUAAUUGAGCCUGUGUGAAGUAUCUCAUCAUUUUUGAAAGGAACACCUUGUGUGAUGCCAGUGAGCAUUUCUAAAAAGGGUGUGAGGCAGAGGUAAAAAUAAGGUGAGAGACCAUUUCAGAAUGCACUGUUGCUCAGAAAGGUGAUCUGGUUCUUUCUUCAGAGAUUUCUGUGGGGAUAGAAAAUUAGGAGUCCGCCCUCAUUAAUCUGUGACUCCACCUCUUGCAUCAAGUCAAUAUCUAUUUGUUGAGCCCUUAUUGAUUAAGACCUUGCAUAUGUCUGUCCAUUUUGAUUUGAGAUAUAACUUUUUGUGUGGGUUUAAUGACAAGUCACCCCAAACAAAGCUGGGCGCAGAGAGUCAGCUAGGAGACCAGUUAUUCAGGGUCCAUUUCUCUUGGAUGUAAAGGAGUCCUGGGUAAAAUGUGGCUGUAACCUGAACCAACUAGUCCCUGUGAUUUGUUUCUGCCCUCUGUGUUUCCUGUUGUCAAAUGCUAAGUGUGUGUUUUGCAGUCAUGAACUAAAGCACAAAAAGACGCAUGAGACAUUGUAGUCAUAUGUCUGGUGUGAAACUUUGGAGCAAAAACCUUGCAGUGGUAAAUAAAAAAUUUCCAACAGGG